CAUCGAUACAUAAUUCGAUUUUAUUACAGCUGCUCCCUUGUUAUUGUUUUCUUAAUUUAAAUAAAACUAAUUUGACGGCUAAAUGACGGCCAAUUUGUUAAACCUGAACGUGGACACGCUGUUUGAGCAGCACAGCGUGUCCGAGAUAGACGAGGUGCACAAAAAGAUCCAGUCGGUGGUGGAGAACAAGCGCGAGGAGUUGCGCACUCAUGUCGGGGAGCGGUACCGAGAUCUUUUGCAGGCGGCUGACACCAUUGCUGCGAUGCAAACGUCGGCCGGGACACUUAUGGAGCAAGUGCGACACGUGCAGGCCAAUUGCCGCAGUCUAAACGAGCAGCAGCUCCUGGGCUUCCAGUCAACUGCCAAUGCAAGUGCUAAAGAUGCCGCACUGAAGGAGAGGAACGCCGGAAAAAAGCUGCAGACCUACUACGGCACCAUGGCUCAGAUUAAGUUGCUUACUGCCCUGCCGGAACUAAUCUGGACGCACUUGGACAACGAUCGCUUCUAUGCCGCUACUGAGUUGUUCAUCUUCAGUCGCCACAUCAGCACGGGCUUGCAACUGGACGGCCAGAGUGCCCUGAUGCAGAAACUACCGGUAGCGCGCAAGCAAUGGGAAAUCCUGCGUCCCUUUCACGUGACCAUCAAACAAGCCAUACUGACCGCACUGGAGAGGGAGGAACUCCUACAAGAAAUGACUGUGGACUGCCUGCAGAGCCUUCUCUUGCUAGACAAAAGCGAUUUGAGUACUGUGCUGAAAUCCUUCUUGAACCUGCGCUCCUCAGCCUUUCUGAACUGCCUGCAAAGCGGUCCAUCGGAGCCACGUCGCGUCAAGGAUCGCAUUUUGGCUAGCUUAAACGUGCUCAACAGCACCGUGGAGCUUCUGGACAAGUGUCUUUUGGGUUAUAGCCUUCUUUUUAGCCGCUUGGAGGAGUGUGCCUCUUCUACGUGUCCACCCAGCAUCAACCGAAUGGAGAGUAGCGAGCGCCAGCUGGUUCAUCUUUUACCCGAAAUCAUCGCUGGUUUUAAGCCACAAUUUGAUGUACCUCAGCUAACACCUGAGCAGUUGGGUUCUUCACUUCAACAAUGGCUAGAUAAAAUGAACGCCUUGGCAGCGGCUCACUUGCAGCAAGUCUUUGCACUAGUCACCAACAUGCAGACCAUCCAGGACAUUAAGUCCGCGGCCAGAACUAAUGGUCGACCGGAUUUCGUUCGCCUAGAACAGCAAUUGCAUCUUAAGCGUAGCCAGUUAGACUUCUACGCCAGAAAGUACGUGCCGUUGAUCAACGCCAGAGUACGAGAGAUAAUUCGCAGCAGCUGGGCUUCCGCCAUGAAGCUGACCUACGAACAGGUACUAUUGCUUAUUGAAGCCGGUCAGUCGCAACCGCCUCUACAAAUUUGGCGGGAGCAGAGCGAUGAUUUGCCUUUAAGCUUGGCGGCAGCACUCAGCGAUCAACCAAAGCGACUGGCAAAUCGGACGAAGGGCUAUGACGGCGCAACAAUAGAACUGUGUAAACGUUUUGACUCACAUCUGGCGGAUAUCGUACAGGAGCUGAAUGUGAUGUUACAAGAACAAACGACGAGGGCUGAGGACAAGGUUUCACUUAUCGAGUUUCUGCGCGAAACGGCCGAGGAACAGCUGACAGAGUAUUUAUCCAAUUUGAAAGGUUUAGAGCUAAGGGAACGCCCUGCUCUGCUCCUGGCUUUGAGGAAUAGUCUCGCCUUGGUCGAGCUGUGCCCCAAUUUAAAGUUGUGCUUCUGCCAGCCGUCCAGUUGGCGGCAGUGGACUGACAACUCGGCGGGAUUGGGAAUUGAGCAUUGGCAGCGCAUUUGUGGCCUGAUCGAAAAGGAGAUGCUAUCCUUUUGGCUGGUCAUCGUUGACGAUGUGUUGGCCGGCCACAAUUGCGAAGAGAAACUGCCAAAGGUCAUUAAUCAUGAAGUGGUUCUCAGCGACUUUGCGCUUUGGCAGACCUUGACACUGGAACAGCGCGACGAGGACCAGGAGCAGAGUGUUCAGUCAACCAUUCGAAUCCCCAGUCAGCCGCGACUCUCUCUGCAGACGUAUCUUCAUCAGCUAAUUCAGGCAUUGAAUUCGGUUGUUCCCCAAACUCUGCCACCCAAGGUAUUGCAAGCAUUCAUUCAGCGGCUCAUAGGGAAACUGCUCUGCCACUACGAGGGAUUGGCCCACGCGGAAUGCACCAAAGCCAGUCAGAAUAUUGCCCUGCAACUAUACUUUGAUCUUAAGUUCCUGGAGCGCGUGUUCGCCAUUUCACGUGAGGAGAGGACUCUCUACGACCAAAUCCACGCCCAGCAGAACCAACUGCGCGACUACAUAGAUCCCUUUGACUUCGAGCUGUUUGCCGAGCAUAUAACCGCUCAUGUGUCCCGAGCUGCAAGCCGUCUGCAGGGUGAACUGGGAGUGCUUACUCCCUCGGCAGCUGCUCCCAGUCAGGGUGCAGCUGCUGCCAGUUCUUUGGCCCAUGAAGCAGAUCCCAAUGUGCUGUGUCUCAGUUCUUCCGGAUCCACGUCGCUGUGGUUCCCGCUGCUGCCCAUUGUGAUGCCCCAAGCUGCCGGAAGAGUUACUAGCGCAGAGCGGAAAUCUCCGAUCCAAGAGCCAGUUGAGAAAACGGCGACAACGACGCCGACGAGGAAGUCGGGUGGCAAUGGAGCCCGCAAGGGAGACAGCAGCAAAUCCAAAUCGAGCGCAGCUUCCUUCUUUGGGAUGUCCCAGGAGUGGUUUCGCUAGAGGAUUCAAAUCAAGUGGCCUGUGAAGUGCAUUCGAGCGGAAUGCGGAUGGGAUGCUCUUCUAUUGUUAAGCUUAACCUACAUAAAUAUAUCCGAACGUACUUGUAGUAGAAGAGGCGGGCAGCGCCCAGUAAAUUGUAAGAAAGUCACAUACAUUAUAGAGAUACUCGUAUAUACACCCUGAUAUCACUUUUAAUUUCAACUUAACUCUAAAUUUGUAAUUUUUAAUGCGCUUUGAUGUUGCCACGGUUGCUAUUUCUUGCCUCCCUUCUUGCCACCGCCUGCGGCUGCCUUUUGGUCUUGUCCUUUCUUGGCUCCACCUUUGUCACCGCCGCCUCCAUCGCCGCCUUUGUUUUUAUUUCCGGAGCCACCUCCGCCGCCGCCUCCGCCACCACCGCCGCCCUUUUUCUGUGGGCAAAGAAACACGGAAAGAUUUCGCUUUGAGCUGGGACCGAGCAAAUAACGAGCCACGGUUGUUUAAGGUUGCCCAGCGAAGUCAGUAAAUGAGAAAAAGGUUAGUUGUGCCAGGAUUGCAAUGGGGGGACCCUUGUUCCAAAGCACCAGGAGUUCUCUAAUUACAUACAGCAGCAGCUAUUAUCCGCAUGAUAAAAUGUAAUCUAACCAUUAUUUGUGGUCUACAAUAACGUAUUAAUACAGGUAGCACGAAACACCUUCCUAAAAAACUGUAUGCAAGGCUUAAUCUCAAAGUUAAUAGUUCUAGUGCACUAAAGUUUUUUUUUUUAAUUUGGCAAUGCUUUUAUAAAUUUAUGUUUAGAAAGUUGGUCAACGAAUUAUUUUAAAAUUGUUGGAAAGUAGGGAUAAAGUUAAAUAUUGUUAAAUUGCUACUUGGAAGUUUGGUGGGACCAUGAGCUGAAUGAGCUGGCACUAAGAUGAGGAUUACAAGUAGUUAGACUCACAAUUAGAACGCAAGUUGCAUAACACAAAUAUUGCUUACAUUGCCCCCGCCUCCACCACCGCCACCUCCUCCUCCACCGCCGCCGCCACCACCCUUAUUUUUGCCCAUUCUAUCAACUUCUUGGGAAGGCAAUUAUUUUAUUUAUUUGGUUUAGUUUGCGGUGCUUGCUGUUGGCUUUGGCUAGAGUAAACUUAUGCCAGAGCUGGCAAAUUGCAACUAAUAAGCAUCGCCAUUGCCGCACAGCGAAAUACAUGAAAUUAAAUCAUUUGGCCAGAAAAAGAAGGCCAAAAUGAACGUUGAGAGCAAAACACAAAAUGCGCAACAGCCAAAGGCGGAAGGGAAAGGCGCCAAUGAAUUUGGGCGGCAAUGGGAGAGGGGAAUGGGUUGAUUGCGAUGACCAGGGGGAUUUGGCUCCGGGUAGAGGAGACCUGGCUGCAAUGGCCAAUGGCUCUUAACUGAUUUAAUCACCGCCCGGGCACCUCUCUUUGCGGCCGGAAGAAAUGGGAAGUGUUUCUCUUGCGGCGACCGUUGGAUUAUUUUGUAGUGCUUCUCCUCCAUCGCUUUUUGGCUCUUUGCUUCCGAUUGCGAUUUCGAUUCUGUUUCUGUUUCGGUUUCGCAUUUGCAUUUGGCCAUAUGCGCCCAUGGCCAUGGCAUUGACAUUGGCCACCUCUCGCAUUUCUGGUCUGCGGCCAAUGGAAGGCAAUACGUCGGUAAUCCCACGGCUCACUCGCGAAUCCCACGGAUACGGACAGUGCAACAAGAUGCUAUUUAUAGAUGCAACGCGAAUUGAUGGUGGUGAUAGCCUAGGCCAAGAGAGAUUUUGGCGGAUUUCAAUCGGAAAGAAAUGGCCCAGAAGGCGAUUGAAAGCGCUAAUGUAUGCAGAAAGGGAAGAACAGGAAGAUUGAAUGAGGGAGAUAAACCAAGGAACGGUAGAAUUGAUUAUGGGUCUAGGGAAGUAAUUUAAUUGGAGACUAUGGGCAACCUAAAAAAAAGUUAAUCAGCACAGAUAUGCCAUUUAAUCUCCAUCGCACUUUCUUAUGUAUAAUAUCUGAUUUUUAUUAUUUGCAUAGACUUGUUUAAAGUUGUAAUAUAAGUAUAUUGAACAUAUUUAAUAAAGCUUACCGAAU